AUGGAUUUUAAGUUUAAUUUAUCAACUCCUUAUAUUGGCCAACCUAAUUGUGCUAGCAAUAACGAAAAUAAUACUACCAACUUUAAUGCCAUGAAUUCCAGCAAUAUUAUUGAAGAUUUAUUCCAAGAAUCACCAAACACAAACUUGAUGAAUUCAUCCGAUUCAAUUGCUAAAUAUAUUGAUGACUUUGAAUCUUUUCCUGAUCAAAAAGCUUUAGCAGUAAGCAAUGAAACCAGCACUUCUUCAAAUGAGCUCCAAUCUUCACCUUUUUACAAUAUUAAUAACAUCAAUAAUAUUAACACUAAUAAUAUCAAUAAUGAAGUUAAUGGUUCCAACUAUAAUAUCCAAUUUGAAAAUGUAUUAAAUCAUCAAGUUUCCAGUGAGAUAAACUCAGUUGCUUCAUCUAAUAACCUCUCAACAACUAUUUUUAGUGAAAAUGGCACUGAAUAUUCUGCUGUUGUUUCUCCGGAUGUUUUUUUAACCAAUAAUGAUCGUAGUUUAUCUAUUGAAAGUUAUUCUGGUAAUAUCGAUCCAGUUAUUAUUAACUCUCCAAUUAAUCUACCGAAAGUUGCUCCAGUUUUUAAUAAUAACAACUAUAAUCAUCAAGAUCCAAUCCAAUUGGUGAACAAUCCAAUUUACAAGAGAAUUAAUACCAAAACUCAAAACAUCAUUGAUAACUCACCAAUCAUUGGAACCAGCAGUUUCUGCUCUUCAUCAUUGCCCUCCUCUUCCUCUUCAUCCGCUCCUUUUUACUUAAAUGGUUUUGAUAGCUUUAACAACAUAAACAACAUAAACAACAUAAACAUAAACAGCAUCAACAACAUACACAAUUUUAAUAGUUUGAAUAACUUAAACAAUUUUUAUUUCACAGCUUCUAAUGUUAUUGGAUAUCCUCACAUCCAAGCUGGGCCAGUUAGCUACCCAGUCUUACAAGCAGCUCCAUUUUUAUCCCAAGUUCCAGUUGAUUCAGCUAUUAUUUCAUCCAACUCUUCGUCUCCUCUUUUAGGCACUUUUAUCAAUGACAUUACUGCUGGUGCUUCAAGUAUGUCUUUAAGCCCAACCCUGUUUAAUGUUGGUACCAAUGAGUUUAAUAAUACUUUACUUUUCGAUGAUAUUAACCAACCCGUCAACUAUACACUCAAUAAUAAUGCCCAAAAAGAAAGAUUGGCUAAAAUGGAUUAUAAUCAACUUGAAACCAUCAUUCGUUCAGGUCUUAAUGAACAAUCUAUCGUUGAUUGCUUGAAAAAAGAUAGAAGGUUAUGGGAAUCUGCCUCAAGAAAACCCAAGAAGGGUUCUUACAAAUGUGCUCAUUGCUCACUACCAUUCUCUACCCUUGUUGAUUUUGCUGAGCACUUGGACAGCAACAAAAUUGAUAGAGCAUAUAAGUGCCCAUUUGAGGAUUGCAUUUGGAGAUAUGUUGGGCUACCAAGAAGAGCUGAAUUGAAGAGACAUUGUUUGUCACAGCACAAUUUCGAAUUGCCCAAUCCAAGAAACAGAAGCAACUCAGCAGUUGUCAAAGGCUCCACAGGCACCUCAACCUCAGGAGGCAUCAGAAAACAAAGCCCAACUUCCAGAAGCCCAUACACCUCAAGAGCCUCGACUUCGUAUGCCCCAAGAAGAAAAUCUACCAACAGUGCUUCUGAAAGAUCAACACAUAUCUACGCUGCCCCAUUAAUUGCUGCUACUACUGCUUCAGACGACACUCCCAAAUUCCAGUGCAAGAUCUGUGGAAAAUGUCCAGCAAGAAAAGACUCUUUGACUAGACAUAUCAAGUUGUGCCAUGUUAAUAAAGACAGCAGGUAUAACAGAAGAAUGAAGAAAGAGCUAGUUAUCAAGGCACUUGGAAAGGAAAAAUGUGUUUCUAAAUUAUAG